CUACAGUUUAAAGUUGGUGGCAAAAAGAGAGACCCUUGUUGGAAACAUGGGUGACCAGGUCCAAAACGAGAUGUUUUUUGCAACCAUUGCAAAAAAAUUGUAAAAGGUGGCAUUAAUAGGUUCAAAUAUCACCUUGCAAAAAUUCAAUGCCGAGAUACCACAAGCUGUACGGAAUGUACUGAAGAGGCUACGAGAGAUGCAAUAGCAGCGCUUGAAGCAUAUGAUUAAAGGAAGGCAACAAAAAAGAGAACAGCAGAGGCAAUGGCAGCCCCAAGGGCAGAUUUGAGUUCCAUAGGGUCACAUACAGAUGUGGGGACAUCUGGUUCUUCCCUUGGGCCACGGAUACGAGCAAAGGGAACUUUGGACAGCAACAUGGAAAACUUCUUUAUUCCACGUAACACUCCUGGUGCACAACCUGGAUUGCUUGGCACUGCAUGGAAUAAAGAGGCUCACCAACAAGCCAAGGUGGCGUGUGCUAGAUUUUUUAUCUACAAUGAUGUUCCGUUCAAUGCUAUUUCUAGUCCAUCUUGGGACCAAUUGGUCACCGCGUUGACUGUGGCAGGUAAGGGGUUCAAGUCCCCAAGCCGUUACGAGGUAAGUGGACCGUUAUUGCAGGAUGAGGUCCAAAACACUCAUGCAUUAGUGGAAGAGCAAAGGACUAUUUGGGAAAAGAAUGGCUGCACCAUUCUUUCUGAUGGAUGGACAGAUGGUAGGAAUAGGACACUCAUCAACUUUCUAGUUGCUUCAGGAGGACAGUUAGUAUUUUUAAAAUCAAUUGAUGCCUCCAAUGAAGUGAAGAAUGCGGAGACCUUGUGCAACAUGUUGGAUGAGGUGGUGAUGGAUGUGGGAGUGCAGAAUGUCAUCCAAGUUGUGACUGAUAAUGCAGCUGCAUAUGUGGCAGCCGACAGACUUCUAAUGGCUAGACAUCCGACAUUAUUUUGGAGCCCUUGUGCUGCCCAUUGUCUUGACUUGCUCCUUGAGGGCAUAGGGAAACUAAGUAGGGUAAAGAAAGUGGUUGAAGAUGAAAGGAAUAUCACCAAAUACAUCUACAAUCACACAUGGGUCCUGAAUCCUAUGAGAGAGCACACUGAAGGUAAGGAUCUUGUGCGGUCGGGGGUCACACGCUUUGCUACCAAUUUCCUCACUUUGCAGAGCAUACUUGCUACAUUGCCCAACCUGAAGCGGAUGUUCGUGAGUGAAAGAUGGUUGGGGAGUCCUUAUGCUACAAAGCUUGAAGCAGAGAAGGUUGUGAUUGCCAUUUUUGAUGCUAAUUUUGCCAAGAUAGUGGAGGAGAUCAUCAAUGUGUCGGAACCGUUGGUGAGGGUGCUACGAAUAUUGGAUGGGGAUCAUAACUCCAUGGUGUAUCUAUAUGAGGCCAUGGAUAAGGCCAAAGAGGCGAUUCAACACUUGUAUGGGUCAAACAAGACCAAGUACGAACCCAUAUGGCGCAUAAUUGAUCGGAGGUGAAACCAUCAACUCCACCAGCAUAUUCAUGCUGCUGCCUACUUCUUGAAUCCCAAGUUUUUUUACUCUCCGAGUUUCAAAGCAGAUGCAGAGGUUAGAAUUGGCCUUGACACAUGCAUUCGGAGAUUAGUUGAUGAUGAGAUCCUUCGAGACCUGAUACUUGAUGAGUUGCAGAGUUAUAAGAAGGCCUUAGGGGAAUUGUUUUCUUCACCUGAUUGCAAAUGUAGGAGAGCCACCUUAUGACCACGUAAAAAAAAACAUAUGUUUAAUUUUUACCAUUUAUUUCUCUCUUUAAGAUUAUUGAAAUCUUUACAAGUUAUAAAUCACAUUUUGUAUCCUUGCAGAUUUGUGGUGGGAAGAUUAUGGUGCCACAACGCCUAAUCUUCAAAAGCUUGCCAUCCGCAUAUUAUCACAGCCUUGUAGUGCUUCUGGUUGUGAGCGCAACUGGAGUGUUUUUGAGAACAUCCACACAAAAAAGCGCAAUAGGUUGACUCAACAACGCUUGAAUGAUCUUGUCUAUGUGCGGUACAACAUUCGAUUACAUGAGAAGAAGGUGCUAGGGCAAGAUUCACAUGAAGCACUUGACUUGGAUGACAUUGAUCCAUAUGCAGCAGAAUGGGUUGCUUCUCCUGAUGAUGUUGAUAAUGAUUUGGAUCCAUUCCUUACUAAUGAGCAGUUGAGUGAGUUGGAGAGGGCAGGAGAGGAAUGGGAUGUGGAAGUGGCAGCACGUGAGGAGGAGCAGGAGGUUGAUCAUGCAGCAGAGGCACCUGUUAGUGUUGAGGAUGUUGCCACUACUUCAGCACCACCCACCCAGCGGCCACAAUCUGUUUUGAGCUUUAGUCGUAGACGCAAUUUAUGAUUUCUUAUUUUCAUUGAUACCAAACUUUGAACUUGAUAUGUAAUCAGAAUUUCAGAGGUUCUUGUUUUGUGGUCUAUGACUUUAUAACUCUAUGAGUC